CCGCUGUGUCCGGGACGAUCGCCCCGAUCCCCCGCCGGGAGCGCUCCCGCAGCGCCCGGGCACCGGCGGCGCCGUGUCCAUCCCGCCGUGCCUGGUGCAUGCCGGGGAGGAGCGAAUGAACCGCCCCCGGGCCGGCCCUGCCCGGCGUCCCCUUCGCCCGCAGCCUUGACCCCGCCUGCCCAGCCAUGGCAGCCUCGCUGAGCCGCCCCUGCUUCAUCUCCCUCCACCUGCCCUACAGGCAGGGCUGGGCCCAGCACUUGGCCAACACCUUUCGCUUCCAGCCAAUGGCCGUGCGGGAGACGCUGCGUGUCCGGCAGCUGGCCUUGCGACGGGAAUCAGCCACCUUCCUGGUCAACGAGCGCCUGGCACCUGCCAGCACCUCACCCUGUGAUUUCCUCUAUGACAUAGACCCUCAGCCCACCUUGGGCACAGCCUCCAAUGUCUGCUUUGAGGUGGAUGAUGUGCCGGGGCUCUGCAAGCGGCUGCAGAGCCAGGGAUGCUCCUUGCUGGUGCCGCCCACUGAGCUGAGGGAUGACGGUGGUUCUGUCACCUACGGGGUGGUGAGCUCUGUCGUGGGCAACAUCUGCCACACCCUUUUGGACCGAUCCUGUUACCRGGGACCCUUCCUGCCUGGCUUCCAGCCCAUCCAAGGAGCCCCCUCAGCCACAGGGGAUGGGAUCAAGAUCACACACUUUGACCACAUCACAUAUGUCUGUCCCCGGGGUGGGGCCCGGGCUGCUCUGGACUGGUACCAACGCUGCUUCGGCUUCCACCGCUUCCUGCUGAACCCCCGGGAGAGGCCAGCCGAGGGGUAUGUGCUGGAGGGGCAGGGGGUGGGCAUGCUGCUCCUCGCACUGCAGAGUGCCCAGGGUACCCCAGCAUAUGGCUGCAAGCUGGUCUUCGCUGAAUCCCUCUCCCACAACGGCMCCAACCAGGUCGACACAUUCCUGGAGCAGCACGGCGGGGCUGGCAUCCAGCACGUCGGCCUCUGCACCACCGACAUCGUCAGCACGACCAGGGCUCUGCAGCGGCGGGGGGCACGGUUCUUCACACCCCCCACCACGUACUACAGCCAUGGGGGCAAAGCRGAGGAGAUCCGGGGGGCUGGGCAGGACCCCCACAUGCUGGCAGAGCUUGGCAUCCUCCUGGACACCACAGUGCCUGGGGACAUGGGCCGGCCAGGUGCUGGUGCCACAGAGAGCCCAUCUCAGGAAUAUUUGAUGCAGAUCUUCACUCAUCCCCUCUUCUCGGAGGAGACCUUCUUCCUGGAGCUGAUUGACCGUCGGGGAGCGCCCGGCUUUGGGGAAGGCAAUAUCCAGGCCCUKUGGAAAGCUGUGCAGGUCUAUAUGGACCGGCAGCAGUAGUGCAGCACUGCAGCACCCCUCCCUCAGCUCCCCAUCCUCCUCGAUCCAACCCCAGGGCAAGGAGCACAGAGAUCCCAGAGSGGGGCCUGUGGCAUGGCCCAGGUGGGCAGGGACCAAGGGAGCWCUCCAGGUCAAUCCAGAACCAAGUCAGUGUGGGAGCAAGGGACUCAGGACUGAGUCCAGUGGGGCUCUGAGCAUUCCCCAGGAUGGAGGUGAUUUCUCCCCUGCACUGGGUUCCCAGUGAUUGACCACAUGUGAAGAACUUUCUGCCUUAGUUUCAUUUUAAUUUAUUGAGAYUUGAGCCUGCAGCAUGGCCAAGAGCAGUGCUGGCACAGCAGCAGCCCCAGAUGUAGAGGGAAGAGGGGCUGCCCGAGGAUAGUGGAUAAUCCAGAGACCAUGGACACAGCCACUCACUGGCAUUUACCACCCAGGGCAUGGCCAACCCUGGGGGGCAAGCGGUAGCCUCUUGUUCCUUUCAAUUAAAGAAUUAGCUUAC